UGAUCUUGAUCUUGAUGUCCAAGUGGCUCUCCUAGAGCUUGCCUUUGUAACGGCGGCCCCUUCGAAGAGAAACUAAACCAUACAAAGAAGACAGUGUCACUACAUGGGACACAACACCUGCCAUCAUCGCCGGGGCCUGGGUGGUGCCAGCCGCCACGCUCGUCCGCGGGGCGCCGCUCACGUCUCGUCACCGGCGUUGUAUAACUUCAGUAACUUGUGUCCGGACGGUCACGGCGGUGCUGGGCCGGGAAGUGACGAGGUGUGGUUGUACUGUGUAUAUAGGAACAGCCGGCAAAGCAGACCCUCAGCAUGCUGGCAUUAAGUCAUGUGCCACACAAGAGCCACAGGCAUAGCAGAGCAGCAUUUCAUGUUUUAGGCAAGGUGUGCCAAACAGGUGUGUGGCCAGCUACUGCAGUAGUCCGAGGGACAGGUACUGCUGGACCUUCCUGGGAGAGUGUGCUUUCUGAAGAGAAUAAGGCAGGUGUAAGGGCACGCCUAGCUAAUAUGCGAAGUCCUCGACAGAUAAAGCAGCAGAAUGACAACAGCAAGAUGGCGGCAGUGUUAGUUCCACUAUGCUGUGUGGAGGGUGAGCUGAGUUUACUGUAUACUUUGCGUUGCCGCUCCAUGGGUGCUCAUGCAGGAGAAAUCAGCUUUCCUGGAGGCAUGGCUGAUGUUGGAGACAAAGAUGAGGUCCACACAGCCCUGAGAGAAGCCCAGGAAGAGAUAGGGCUUGGUGGUGGGAAGGAUGUGGAGGUGCUGGGAGUUUUGCCCCCUGUGCCUGACCGCUUAGGGGGCACAAAAGUGGUGGGGGUGCUGGCCUACCUGGGUCAUCUAGAUCCCAAUGCUCUCAUACUUAACCCUGGGGAGGUGGAGACUGUCAUUGUUGCCUCCCUCAUAAACCUCUGUCAUCCUGCCCACGCCCGUCAAACUCAGUUUCGCUCUGCCAAGAUUCCUCGAGGGUACACCUUGCCUGUGUACCUGGGGACGGAGCCUCGAAUAUGGGGCCUAACUGCCAUCUUCACCCACAUGGCCCUUACUGCCCUGCUACCAGGCCUCUACACACUCCGCCUGAACCAUGUGCCGCCUCUGUCACAAUGACGACCAUAGCAGCAGGAACAGGGGCAGCUUUGUUUGGUCAGAAGGAACUCUGUAGCAUUUUAUGUAAUAGGUUAUAUAUAUAUAUAUAUAUAUAUAUAUAUAUAUAUAUAUAUAUAUAUAUAUAUAUAUAUAUAUAUAUAUAUAUAUAUAUACUCAUCCUGUUUCGUUUGACCUCAAUUACGGCUGCUUUUUUUAUUGGGUUGCCUGUAAACUCAUCUGCCAAGAUAAACUGCAGAGCUUCUGUGGCGAUGUUGUUGGAGGUCACAAUUUUGUUAGUGGAACAGCUGAUUAGGCUGUGCAAAGUUCAGACGUAUCUCACUAAAUUUAUCGCCUCACUGGAGAUAUAUUAACCUUAUCGGUGUGCAGAGGAACCUCUCAUAUCACUAUGACUCCAUCACGCCAUCACCACCACUAACAACAACAAGUAAGUUUUUACUGAAGAUAUUUACUGAUGGAUCUUUUGCCAUUGUCUGAUGAUGGUAACUGGAUGAGUGGGCAAAGAUAGAUGGGAGAAGUGAAGAGCUGUUGAAACAUAUAGUCAGUCAACACACACUUUUGAGUUUCAUGCAGUUGGUGGUUUUAUCUAUUGCACAGAAAAUUGGCCCUCCUAAAAAGUGUUAAAAGAUCUUAUCUAAUUACAUUAUUGUAUUAAAUGUUAUUCAGUUUAAUUACCAUAUUUUGAGUGUUGCUCUCCACUAUUAAUCAGGUCAAAUUUUUACUCCAUAAUGCAGACGUUAAUCUUCAGCAUUGUUGCCUUGUUGAUUUUGUUACAUUAUUGUAUAAGAUACAUAAUACUCAUAGCCGUCCAUUACAUUCAAAGCUUCCACCAUCUUUACAAAAACUCUGUUAGCAAAGUUUGCAUUCAAUAUCAAAAUUAUUUUUCAUUUUCAACUAUUUGUUUAAAAAAUAGU